GCAAUUCCGACAUAAGCAGCCGGCGUUCUCUUUCUCUCCCUUCCUUUCUCCUCCUUCCAAUGGAUCCAACUCUCCGCUCAAUUCCUCCCAAGCCCUAACCCUAGAAUUAAUCCAGGGAGAUGGGGGGAGAGAAAGGUUCGAAAUUUUGCAUUUGGGAAUCAGUUAAUUUUUUAUUGAGAGAAACCCAACAAGAAGAAUAGGAAAAAGUUCAGAUUUGCAAUGCCAAUUUUCCCCAUUUCAAUUCCAUUCCCGUUCCGUUCCUUCAUUCAAUUCCAUCCCGUAAGUAUUGCUUGAUUUGAAAUCCCAUCAAAUGAUUUCCAAUCCAAACCUAAUCCUCUACGCCUGCGUUGCCAAAGGGACCACAAUUCUCGCCCAAUUCACCAGAGAGCCCGAUCUCGAACGCUUGGCUCUACAAUGCCUUGAAAGAACCCCACCUCUCCACUUGAUGCACUCUCAUACCGUCAGGAAAAGAACCUACACGUUCUUAAUCCAAGACCCUUUUGUCUACUUCGCAAUAUUCGAUGAGGAUUUGGUGCAAUCGGAGGGACUUUGGUUCCUCAACCGCGUAAAAUUCGAUUUCGAGGAGGUUGUCAAAGGCGGGGCUUUAAAGGGUUUGGAUAAUCUCAGCUCUCAUUGCCUGCAAAAGCAAUGUGACCCCAUUUUUCGCGAAGUAAUGGCGUUGGAUUUGACCUUCGAGAAUCCUUCGCCAGCGAGUGAUUUGACCAAGAGUAGUCGGAAUCCGAGUUUGGACUCGUCGAAAGGAAUGAAGAUGGUGAUGAUACCGCUCUUGCCCUGUUCGAGUCGGAGUAAAGUGUCGAAGAAGAAGAAGAGGAUGAGUGGGGAGGGUAAUGGGGAUGCUAAAGAAGCUACAUCGGAGAAUACGACGGAUGCGUAUGAUGCUAGUGAUGGUGUGUUCAGGGAUUUUGCGUUGCCGGUGCAUAAGAGUUUCCCGCAUGACCGGCAAAAGGCAAAGAAUAUUUGGAGGAAACAUGUGUGGGUGGUGUUGUUGCUGGACUUUCUCGUGUGCGCGAUUUUGUUUGCUGUAUGGUUGUGGGUUUGCCGGGGAUUUGAGUGUCUUUCAGGUUGAGGUAGGGUUGGUUUUAUGGCAAAAGGACUUAAAUGGGACAAGCGGUGCAUGAUGAAGAUGUACAAGUAAGUGUGGUUGAUUGCUUCUGUUGGUAAUUUUUCGUGGGGGUUUUUUUUUUUUUUUCCUGUGAAAUCCUUGUAUUGUAUGAAUUUGAAGACAAGUAAUGUAGCUCAUACAGUUCAGUUAUAGUCUUAUAGAUACAUUCUCAUGUAAUGUGUUCAAUUGUGUUAUACCUACAGAUACUACUUGUGCAGGCACUGCCUCUA